AUGGCUGCAGAAAAGGAUAGCAUCACUUACAGCCAGUUUGCCUGCAUAGGCACAGGCUUCUCUGGCAUUGGUCUGGGCGCGACCCUGAAGCGGUGGUACAACAUUACCGAUGUGGUGCUCUUUGAGCGCGAAAGCAAGCUUGGUGGCACAUGGCACAUUAACCAGUAUCCAGGAUGCGCCUGCGACGUUCCUUCCCCGUUGUAUAGCUUCUCCUUUGAACCCAACGGCGACUGGAAGCAGCUUUUCAACGGGCAGACCGAUAUCCUCGAUUACCUGACCAACAUCUCUGAGAAAUAUGGGCUCCUCUCCAAGAUGCGAUUCAACUCUACCGUUGAGCGCUGUGAGUGGAAUGAGGCACGGGCACGAUGGCGCAUGGAUAUCCGCGACAACACGACCGGCACCGUUUUUUAUCACGAGUGCAAGUUUCUCUAUAGCGGCGUCGGCCAACUGAUCCAGCCUCGUAUUCCCGAUUUUCCUGGCGCGGAAACCUUCAAGGGCGACAUGUUUCACGCAGCCCGCUGGAACCACGACGUGUCUCUCAAGGACAAGAAUGUCGUCGUCGUCGGCAACGGCUGUACGGCUGACCAGAUCGUCCCUGCCAUCGUCAAGGAGACAAAGACUCUGACGCAAAUCGUGCGCUCCAAGCAUUGGAUCGUCAAGCCGCCCGUCAUGCCCAACUUUCGUCUGAUGAGCUUCCUGUUCAAGAGAAUCCCAGGCCUGCUCAACUUGAUGCGCCUGGCCAUUUGGCUGGCGCUCGAAAACUCGUGGCGGGCGUUUUACUUGACAAAGUACGCGGCGCGUCUGCGCAAGGCAAAGGAGGCCAGCACGCGCGCCUAUAUGAAGAAGCUUGCUCCGGCCAAGUACCACGAUAUGCUCAUUCCCGAUUUUCCCAUUGGCUGCAAGCGUCGCAUAUUCAACCCUGGCUACCUCGAGUCCCUCAAUGAGGAUAACCUCACGCUCAUGGACAGCAAGAUUCUUGAGAUUGUCCCCGAAGGAGUUCGUACAAAAGACGGCGUCAUCAAGGCAGACGUCAUUGCCCUCGCCACCGGCUACACCACGAAUAGCUUCCUGCCCCGCAUUGAGGUUGUGGGCAGGAAUGGCGAGACGGCUGAAGAGCACUGGAAAAAGACAAACGGCGCAGCAGCGUACAAUGCUACCCUAAUCAGUGGUUUUCCCAAUUUCUUCAUGAUUCUAGGCCCGAAUACCGUUACCGGCCAUACCUCGACCGUUUUUGCUAUUGAGAAUGCCAUCAACUACUCGCUACGCAUUAUCAAGCCCGUGCUGGAUGGUGAGGCCGUCUCGAUUGACUGCUUGCAGGAUGCCGAGGAUCGAUGGGAUCAAAGAAUCCAGGAUGGCCUGAAAAACACCGUUUGGGCCGAUGGCAUUUGCAACAACUGGUACUCUCGCAAUGCUGAAGGAAAGCAAGCCCGCAACUCGUCGACGUAUCCAUUUACGCAGAACGAUUACUGGUACAGGUGCUUAUUUCCAGUCUAUGAAGACCUGAAAUAUACCCCUGCACUCGAUCGCCGAACAAAACGGCUCGGCCGCUACAUCAAGAUUGCGGCCUUUGCGCUUGCGCUUUUUGCGUCUGUCAAGGCGGUGCGCGCCGUCAGAGAAGAAAGCCUCAAGAACAUUGUCCAGGGCUACGCUAUGCAGGCUUUUGUCAAAUACCAUAUGCUUCGCAUGCGUAUCCAAGAACUCAUUGGAGCCAAGUAG